AGGCGGAGAUCCUGUUCUCCAACGACAUGACGUGUGAGGAUGACGACAAGUGUUCUCCAGGAGCCUGACCAUCCAGAUCCGCACCGACUUGUGUAUUUUCAUAGUGUCCUGAUCUGCUCCGUGGCCAAGGAUGUGUGGUGGGCUGUCUGCCCUGGGCCUGGAACUCCAGCCCCAACAGGACCCUGGUGGUCCUGACGCCCGGCGGCCUAUGCCCGCUGUGACCUGCGCGUCUGUGCCCCACGCCCUGCUCUGCGGCCUGGUGGACACACUCCCACUGGCCAUCUUCCUGCGAGUGUCCUCCCUGCCCAAAACGAUCCUGCUCCUCGUGCUCACCGCGUCCUACAUCCUGGUCCUGGAGCUCAGCGGCUACACCCGGGCCUCGGGGGGCAACGCGGUGUCCGGGCUCAGCUUCGAGCCCAUCAUGGCCAUCCUGCUGUUCUCGUGCACGCUGGCCUUGCACGCCCGGCAGGUGAACAUCAAGCUGCGGCUGGACUACCUCUGGACGGCACAGAGGCAUGGACACCUGCUCCUGGAGAACCACUGUCACCGCAUCAAGAUCCUCGGCGACUGUUAUUACUGCGUGUCCGGCGUCACCCAGCCCAAGACCGACCAUGCCCACUGCUGCAUGGAGAUGGGCCUGGACAUGAUCGAUACCAUCACGUCGGUGGCCGAGGCCACUGAGGUGGACCUGAACGUGCGUGUGGGGCUGCACACCAGCAGGGUCCUCUGCGGGGUCCUCGGCCUGCGCAAAUGGCAGUACGACGUGUGGUCCAACGACGUGACCCUGGCCAACGUCAUGGAGGUCGCCGGCCUGCCCAGGAAGGUCCACAUCACGAGGACGACGCUGGCGUGUUUGAACGGUGACUACGAGGUGGAGGAGGGUCACGGGCACGAGAGGAACAGCUUCCUGAAAGCUCACAACAUUGAAACGUUCUUCAUCGUGCUGUCUCACCGGCGGAAGAUACUCCCAGGGCUCAUCCUGUCCGACAUCAAGGCAGCCAAGAGGAUGAAAUUCAAGACCGUGUGCUACCUGCUGGUUCAGCUCACACAGUGCCGGAAGAUGUUCAAGGCGGAGAUCCCGUUCUCCAACAACAUGACGUGUGAGGAUGACGACAAGCGGAGGGCCUUGAGAACCGCAUCGGAGAAACUCAGAAACCGCUCCUCGUUCUCUGCAAACGUCGUCUACACCACGCCGGGCAUGCACAGGUCCAUCGGCCGCCUCCUGGAAGCGCUCCAGAUGGAGCUGGAGAUGGCAGACCUGGACUUCUUCACCCUGAAGUACAAGCAGGCUGAGCGCGAGCACAAGUACCACCAGCUCCAGGACGAAUAUUUCACCAGUGCCGUUGUGCUGGCGCUCAUCCUCACCGCCCUGUUCGGCCUCGUCUACCUUCUCAUCAUCCCGCAGGAAGUCGAGGCGGUGUGCCCGGCCCUGGGCGCUCCGCUGUGCUCAGUAGCCCCGAGGCCUGGGUCCCAAGACACCGGAUCCCUGGAUGUCACCGUGCGCUGUGGAGACAUGCGGGAGCGGCUAGCGCCCGCUGCAUAUGACCUUCAGAGCCUGACCAUCCAGAUCCGCACCGACUUGUGUAUUUUCAUAGUGUCCGAUCUGCUCCGUGGCCAAGGAUGUGUGGUGGGCUGUCUGCCCUGGGCCUGGAGCUCCAGCCCUAACAGGACCCUGGGGGUCCUGACGCCCGGCGCUGUGCCCGCUGCGCCCUGCGCGUCUGUGCCCCACGCCCUGCUCUGCAGCCUGGUGGACACGCUCCCACUGGCCAUCUUCCUGCGAGUGUCCUCCCUGCCCAAAACGAUCCUGCUCCUCAUGCUCACCGCGUCCUACAUCCUGGUCCUGGAGCUCAGCGGCUACACCUGGGCCUCGGGGGGCAACGCGGUGUCCGGGCUCAGCUUCGAGCCCAUCAUGGCCAUCCUGCUGUUCUCGUGCACGCUGGCCUUGCACGCCCGGCAGGUGGACGUCAAGCUGCGGCUGGACUACCUCUGGACGGCACAGAUCUGAUCAGUCACACGGAGUGCUUGCCGAGUGUUGAACCGGCCUUGCGUCCCGGGGAUAAAUGCCACCUGGUCACGAUCUGAUCAGUCACACGGGAUGUUUGCCGAGUGUUGAACCAGCCUUGCGUCCCGGGGAUAAAUGCCACCUGGUCACGAUCUGAUCAGUCACACGGAGUGUUUGCCGAGUGUUGAACCAGCCUUGCGUCCCGGGGAUAAAGGCCACCUGGUCACACUGGUCUUCUGGGGUAGGGGCCUGCUGUGCUGAUUCUCAGGUGUGUGCUGCUGGGGGAGCUGCCCCGCCCCCUGCCAGGUGCCUGGCUCAGUGGGUGCUGUUUAUCCAGUGAGGCCCCUGCCCAGUCCCAGGCACAGGGUGACACGAGGAGGAACAGCCACACUGGUGGCGGCCAGCUGUUCAGCCCUGGAGUCAGCUCCCGCAGUAACUACCGCAGCUUCCAGGCCACAGGGGCCUGGAUGCUCUGGGGGUGGGGGGGCGCCGAUCCGCCCAGCUCGGGGCCGCCCAGUGGUAGGAGCGUCCUUGCUUUCCUGUACCCUCCUGGCCUCUGCCUGUCCUGGGGGGGAGCGCCGAUCUUGGGCUGUGUCCCCCAGUGCCCUGGGCUCCGGGGCCUGUGACACUAUGAAUGGACCUAAAGUACCACGAUGUAUAAUUUAAAAGCAUCAGAGUAAAUUUUCUGCCGUUAACUUAUCUUUUAUUACAAAUAAAAUUCAUAAGCCAUUAUA